UUUCUUUCCGGUUGUCAAAAAGUGUAGAGACGACUGAUCUAGUUAAAAAUGGCCGACGUUUAUGUUGAUGUGCCCUCCGCCGCUCCAGUAAUUGGAGACAAAAUGGGCAUAAAUACCGCUCUGCAAGAGGUGUUGAAGAAGUCUCUGAUCGCUGAUGGUUUGGUUCAUGGCAUCCACCAAGCAUGCAAAGCUUUGGACAAGCGCCAAGCCGUUCUAUGCAUCCUCGCCGACUCAAUGGAUAUCGACCUGUACAAAAAACUUGUAACAGCACUCUGCCACGAACAUCAAAUUCCACUUAUCCGUGUGGAUUCACACAAGAAAUUGGAUGAAUGGUCUGGACUUUGCAAGAUUGACAAAGAAGGCAAACCACGUAAAGUUAGCGGAUGCGCUGUUGUGGUUAUUAAGGAUUUCGGAGAGGAGACUCUUGCCGCUUUUGCACACAUACAAAAUGAACUCAGGGAUUACACCUUCAUAUACACAGACGGCUCCCAAAGCAAUAAUAUGAUCGGAUUUGGCGUAAUUACCGAAAAUGAAAACUUAAUAGUAUCCAACCUAGCUGCAUACAGUACAGACUACUCUACUGAAUUAAUUGCUAUCAUGUCAUUCUGUUAA